CGCGCGCAGCUUCCACUUGAUGAGAGCGGUGAAGAAUUAUCACCGAGGGAAUCCACGUUCUAUCCUAGCAGUCUCUCCUCAAUCGAUCGACCAUGAUUUUGAGUGUUGCGUCAAAGGCUGCUGCUGGAGCAUUAAGGGCCACAAAGCCCUUUCUUCUACAACAUGAAGUGAUAAAAGUAUCAAGUAUUCUCGCCAUCAACAGAAGAGACUAUGCAGCUAAAGCCGCAGCUGCAACUAAAGCUGGUGUACAAGGAAAAGUAGUUGCUGUCAUUGGUGCUGUUGUUGAUGUACAAUUUGAUGAUGCUCUUCCACCUAUCCUUAAUGCCUUGGAGGUACAAAACCGUACACCUAGGCUGGUACUCGAAGUUGCCCAACAUCUCGGAGAAAAUACAGUGCGCACCAUUGCUAUGGAUGGUACGGAAGGAUUGGUACGUGGUCAAAAUGUAUUAGAUUCUGGAUAUCCUAUUCGUAUUCCUGUGGGAGCCGAGACCUUGGGUCGUAUCAUUAACGUCAUUGGUGAACCUAUUGACGAGCGUGGACCCAUUCCCACAGAUAAGUUGGCUCCUAUUCACGCGGAUGCUCCUGAAUUUGUAGACAUGUCUGUUGAACAAGAAAUUUUAGUCACGGGUAUCAAAGUCGUGGACUUACUGGCUCCCUAUGCCAAAGGUGGAAAAAUUGGUCUAUUCGGCGGUGCUGGAGUCGGUAAAACUGUACUUAUCAUGGAACUGAUUAACAACGUAGCCAAGGCUCAUGGUGGUUAUUCGGUAUUCGCCGGUGUAGGUGAAAGAACACGCGAAGGUAACGAUCUUUAUCACGAAAUGAUCGAAUCUGGAGUCAUUUCUCUCAAGGACAAGACUUCUAAAGUAGCGCUAGUGUAUGGACAGAUGAAUGAGCCUCCAGGCGCUCGCGCCCGUGUAGCUCUCACUGGACUUACCGUCGCCGAAUAUUUCCGUGAUCAAGAAGGUCAAGAUGUACUAUUGUUUAUUGAUAACAUCUUCAGGUUUACUCAGGCUGGUUCCGAGGUAUCUGCUUUAUUGGGUCGUAUCCCAUCCGCCGUAGGUUAUCAACCCACUUUGGCUACUGAUAUGGGUACUAUGCAGGAACGUAUCACCACUACGACGAAGGGAUCCAUUACAUCUGUUCAAGCUAUCUAUGUACCCGCUGAUGACUUGACAGAUCCCGCUCCUGCUACCACCUUUGCUCACUUGGAUGCUACAACUGUAUUGUCACGUGCUAUUGCUGAAUUAGGUAUUUAUCCGGCUGUGGAUCCUCUCGAUUCUACAUCUCGUAUUAUGGAUCCCAACAUUAUCGGCACUGAGCAUUAUAACAUCGCUCGUGGUGUACAGAAGAUUCUUCAAGAUUAUAAAUCGCUUCAGGAUAUUAUUGCAAUCUUGGGUAUGGAUGAAUUGUCGGAGGAAGACAAGUUAACUGUUGCACGUGCGCGUAAAAUCCAGAGGUUCUUGUCCCAACCAUUCCAGGUCGCCGAGGUGUUCACUGGUCACGCCGGAAAAUUAGUACCACUGCAGGAAACCAUCAAAGGAUUCCAAAAAAUUUUGGCCGGAGAAUUAGAUCAUUUACCAGAAGUAGCGUUUUAUAUGGUUGGCCCGAUUGAAGAAGUAGUAGCUAAAGCAGAAUCGUUGGCCAAACAAUAAAUUAACUUACACUCAUCGUAAAAACGUUAAAAUUGAAAAUUUAUUCAACUGCCAUUUAUCCGCGAAAGCAACUUUUCGAUGGAACUUGCAUUCUCAUUAUUAUUUGUUUUUAUCAUGUAGUUCCUUGGAUGAAAUUGAAUUCAGCAAAUAUUAAAAAUAUUAUUAAAUAAAAAAGAACAAAAGAAUAAAAAUGUUGAAUUAUUUUUCCUGUAACAUGAAUUACCAUUGAAAUAAAUUAAUAUCAAACAAUUUUGCAAAUUCGAAAAAUUGCUUUAUGCUUUACCUUUUUUCGUUACAAAAGCACUUAUUGGAAAUUGUAGAAAAGUUCGAAGAUAUGAAUGUUUUCUAUUACAUUAGCAUAUGCUUCUGGAUUUUUUCUAUAGAUUUAAUCAGUACAAAUCAUGUUAUAACUAAUUAACAUAUACGCAGAAUCAUGAUGUAUAUGUUAGAUAUUAAUAAAAGUUUUAUC